AUGAUGAUCACGGCGUUCACUCGCCCGGGAUCGGAGGAAGAGGAGGUGACCAGCCCCACCCAGUGGAUGGACCAAGCCGACGCAACCAGCUCCCCUGAAAACGACCCAAGCUCCGCCCAAAACUUCGCCGACCCUCCCCUGUCCGAGCACGCACACGGAGCCUGCAGUGACGAGGACGAUGCCGAAGACGAAGGUAACGACGAAGGCUGCAAACGACGCGGGCCCAAGAAAAAACGUGUCACCAAAGCAAGACAGGAGCGAUUCCGAGCUCGCCGGAUCAAAGCCAACGCCAGGGAGCGAUCACGGAUGCACGGUUUGAACGACGCGCUGGAAAACUUGCGUAGCAUCAUGCCGUGUCACUCCAAAACGCAAAAACUCUCCAAGAUCGAGACGCUACGGUUGGCUCGCAAUUACAUCUGCGCCCUGUCGGAGGCGCUAGAGGGCGGCGUUUCCAUGCAGAGUCGAGCGUUCAUGGACACGCUUUGCAAAGGGCUGUCGCAACCUACGUCAAACUUGGUAUCGGGAUGUCUUCAGCUCGGACCAAAACCGGACGAAAGGCAGAUCGCGUCAAUGGGUUACGCGUCCAACGGGUUACCAAGUCCACCGUACGGGACAUUUGACUCUGCUCACCUGCUCCACCUGAGGUCAAUUAAAGCAAACCUGUACGACGGGCAUUCAACAGGUGUGGGCACGCCCCCUUACGACGCUCCGCCCACUCCUCCUCUUAGCAUUAGCAGUAACAUGGUACCGAAGCAAGACACCUCUCCUACGUACAUGAACCCGCAUCACUAUUCUCCGUCCGAGCAAAACCCGGGCUUGUACCAGACUUCGUACGACGGGCAAAUGGAGGGGCAGUACGAGGCGUAUCAUGUGGUGCCCCGACAGGUGAGCGCCAUCUACAGGGACUGAGAGGUGACUGCACAAAGAACACAAACUGACACUUUUGAAGGAAGAGGAAAGGACUGAAGUUUUACUGAAGCUGGCAAAAAGAACGGCUCUGUGAUGGGUUUGGUCAAUAGUUUGAAAUCAAGAUGGAGGAUGGGUGAGCAGCGGCUGACGUAAUGCUA